AUGCGUGUCAGCACCUUGCUCCCUCUCGCUCUUGCGGCCGGUACCGCUGUUGCCUCCAAGAAUGGAACUUUGGGUUUCGCCCUCGGCAACAAGAACGCAGACGGCAAAUGCAAAGUCCAGUCGGACUAUGAGACCGAUUUCGAUACGUUGAAAGAAGUGACCUCUCUCGUGCGCAUCUACUCCGCGAAUGACUGCGACACCGCAAAGAAUAUUAUCCCUGCGGCUAAGGCGAAAAACUUCAAAGUCGUCCUGGGUGUCUGGCCCGAUUACGACAAAUCUUUCACUGACGACUUCAACGCCUUGAAAGAAUCUGUCCCUGGAAACGAGGAGGUUAUUGACGCCAUCACCGUCGGCUCCGAAGUGCUCUACCGAAAGAGUCUCACCCCUCAGGCUCUGCUUGCCAGAAUCCAGCAGGUCCAGAAGGAGUUCCCCAAGGUUACCGUCGGAAUGGUGGACAGCUGGAACAAGUUUGCUGAUGGCACGGCCGAUCCCAUCAUUCAGGGUGGUGUCACUUACUUCCUGGCCAACGGCUUCGCCUACUGGCAGGGCCAGGAGCUGAGCAAUGCCACCAACACAUACUUUGAUGACAUAGCUCAGGCUCUGGGCCACAUUGAGCAAGUUGCCGGCUCUAAUGCAGACAAGAUUCGCUUUGGCAACGGUGAGACCGGAUGGCCCACAACUGGUGGAUCCAACUACGGACCGGCCGUCGCCAGCACUGAGAAUGCUGCUGAUUACUACAAGUCUGCCGUUUGUGGCAUUCUCGCAUGGGGUGUUGAUGUCUUCUACUUUGAGGCCUUUGACGAGGCUUGGAAGCCCAAGACCAAGGGCGACAACGGUGAGAUGCAGGACGAAACGCACUGGGGUGCUUUCACUGCGGACCGUAAGGCCAAGUUCGAUUUGACCUGCCCCAAGCACUAG